CUUUCUUUUCUUUUGUAUUGUGGUAUCGUACAGGAAGUUCUAGCCUAGGCUAAACAAUAAGAAUACUAUUAAUAUACAGUACCUCCUUUGUCAAAGUUGAGCCUGUUGACUUCUACGUUGAAUACAGUUUUAUCACUUUUUAAAUGCAAGAAAAUAACGUGUUCGAAGAAGAGAGGUUCGGAGAUCAUGGACAGAAUUGGGAGACAUGGAGAGAUCCCGAGAAUUGGCAACGACGGGAGGACAACGGAGUGGGCGAUACCUGCAUGGAAUCGCGAUCUGCUGUUUUCGACGAUGGAGGACCGAUGUUCAGUGAAUCAUCAGUGGACAUUGACUAUUAUGACUUACCUACAUCAAUUGUUGCUACUAAUAUAGAUGAUGAUAUAUUCAGAGAUAAUUUCUCAAAGAAAGUGUUUGAGAGCAUGUGCUGUGCAUUUGGUGAAAAUGUAACAUUUCAAUAUUUUCCAAGUUUUAGAAGAGUACGAAUAAAUUAUGAAACACCUGAGCAGGUGGUACAAGCACAAUUGGCACUUCAUAAAAAGGAAAUAAAUGGAAAAGUAAUCACAUCAUAUUUCAUCCAGCCUCCUAGGUCAGUACGGGUCAAUCCAACCCUUCAACCACCCAAAGCAACAAAGCAGUUUCUAAUUUCACCUCCAGCCUCACCUCCGGUAGGCUGGGAACCAGUCUCAGAAGCAGAACCAGUUGUAAACUAUAACAUUCUAGCAGCCAUGGCAAACCUUGCUCCAGGUCAGGAACAUGAAUUACAUGCAGGUGAUGGAAACAUCCCUAGUAUAGUAGUACUGCCGUGUGAAGAUCCACCACCAAAACAAGUCAAGGCAAAAAUAGAACAAACAAAAUGUCCCCCAAGAAGAUGAAGCACAUGAAAAUCUAAUGAAGUGUUAAAUUCAGAAGAAGCAAAGAAACUCGAGAAAAAGUUCAGGUUUUCAUUGGUGGAUGCAAGUGGAAAGUAUUUCUCUUUGAACUUUUUUCUGGCAUUACAAGUAUUGAGGUUAUGGAUGUUACCUUCUUAAGCAGCAGUACAAUUAGAAGAGCUAAAAUU